CACUCCCUCACCAUCACCACCAAAGCAGAAUAAAAACAAAAGAAAGGAAGGCCAAAUUGGAAAAAACAACAAAAAAAAAUGUUGAGAAGCCUUCAAUUAUACUCCACUCGCCAGACCAUCUUGGCUCUGACACUCUCUUCUCUUUUCUUUCUCUUCUCUUCUCUUAGCAGCCAUGGCUACCCUAUCAAAGGCCACAUAUUCAUCUAUGCAGGCUGCUCUCAAGAAAAAUACCAACCCAGUUCACCCUUUGAAGGAAACCUCAACUCUCUUCUUGCAUCGGUUGUCAGCUCGUCUGCUCAAGUGUCUUACAACAGCUUCGCCAUUGGAAACGGAAGCUCUACGCCGCCGGAAGCCACCAUAUACGGCUUACACCAGUGCCGGGGUGAUCUGAAGAUUUUCGACUGCUCGAAAUGCGUCGAAAGUGCGGUUAAUCAGAUAGGAUUGGUUUGCCCAUAUGCCUAUGGAGCUUCUUUGCAACUUGAAGGGUGCUAUAUAAGAUAUGAGCAUGUUGAUUUCUUGGGAAAGCUUGACACGGGUCUUAGGCACAGCAAAUGCAGUAAAAGUGUAAGCAAUGAUGUGGAGUUCUUUAAGCGGAGAGAUGAUGUUCUUGCUGAUUUGCAAGGGUCGAUUGGGUUUAGAGUCAGCAGUUCAGGCUUAGUGCAAGGUUUUGCGCAGUGCUUGGGGGAUUUGAGCCCGACUGACUGCUCUUCCUGCCUUGCGGAUGCCGUUGGAAAGUUGAAGACCGUUUGUGGAUCGGCUGCUGCGGCGGACGUGUUUUUGGCGCAGUGUUAUGCGAGGUACUGGGCAUCUGGCUACUAUGAUUCCUCUUCAGAUUCCUCUAGCGAAGACCAAGUGGGAAAAACAGUAGCAAUUAUCGUCGGCGUGCUUGCUGGUGUAGCCGUUCUGAUCGUUCUUCUCUCAGUUUGCCGGAAAGCAAUGGGGUGAUUAAGAAGCUAGACUGAAGAUGUGCAAGGAUUGCGAGUGAUUGCUAAUUUGCUAUGAUAUAUAUGCUACAUUUUAAUACGAAAGAAGGUGCAUGGAUGAUUCUAUUCCCUUCAUGCUGUCCACAAAAUCCACUCGAUCACUUGUUUGAAUAGAAAUUGUUCUUCUAUUUUUUGUUUUUUCAAAGUACUCAACUUUUCUUUUUCUU